AUGGCCAGCAACUCCAGAAAGAAGACUAUGGAAAGUCAGUACAAAGUGCUUUUCACACUCGGCAAGGGUUCAUUUGGCACCGUAAAACUGGCCUUGCACCUAAAAACCGAGGCACUGGUUGCCAUCAAAACAGUAGAGCUCAACAAGAAGACCAUCAGGGGGAUCCUGGCAGAAAUAGCGACACUGGAGACACUGCACCAUCCAAAAAUCGUCAGCCUCUUCCAGAUUCUGGUGACGUCAAGGCACAUAAACUUCAUAACAGAGUACGUUCCAGGAGCAAACCUGUUUGAAAUAAUAAAGGAGGAGGGGCCGCUGCAGGAGGAAGAGGCAAAGGUAACAUUCGGACAGAUAGUGUCAGCCGUCAAGCACUGCCACAGCCUUGACAUUGCCCACCGAGACAUAAAGCCCCAGAACAUCCUCAGGGAUCAGGGGGGUAAUGUAAAGCUCAUCGACUUUGGCCUGGCCACCAAGUGCAGAUCUGGCACAUUACUGAAACAGCGGUGUGGGACCAAGGGCUUUUAUGCCCCAGAACUCAUACUAGGGGAGCCAUAUGAUGCCAAGAAGACAGAUGUGUGGAGUUUGGGUGUGCUCCUCUAUUUCAUCAUCUUCGGGUACUACCCCUUCAGAGGAAGCACAAUGAAUGAGAUAGAGAAAAGAAUUUCCACGGGGACCUAUGACAUUCCAUCUCAUGUCUCUGGGCAACUUGAAAAUCUAAUCCAUCAGAUCCUCACGCUUUCCCCAGAGAUGAGGCCAUCCAUUGAAGAUAUUGAGAGACAUCCAUGGGUCGAAAAAUGUGAACUAAAUGUCCCAACUGUGAUGGAUCCAGAUUACAACAUCAUAGACAUGCUGUGUGGCAUGGGGUUUAAAACCAAUGAGAUCUUGGAAUCCCUUCAAAGAAAGAAAUACGAUGAACCAAUGGGGGCAUAUUUGAUUCUAAAAUACCAGGUAAACAAAGGGAUUGAGCUUGGAUCUCCCACUUCAGCCAGGCCUGUGGAUCCGUGCCCUGCUCCACCCCCAUCGCCAGCACAUCCCACCAUCUCUGGUCUUCCCCUAAAGAGAAGGGCCAGUGAGCCCAACUUUAGCCUCCUCCACAUCAGGCCCUCAGGAAAGCAUGGGUCUGUUGCCUUGGCGCUGUCAGGAUACAAGGUGGCCAGAAGUGUCUCCAUGCCUCCCAUUUCUCCAGAUUGUACCAACAAGAAGAGCAGUGCUUCUAUCUGUGCCCUUUAUUCUGGACCUGUGGCUGACUCACGUAUCUGCAGCAGCAUAUUGGAGGACAGAUUGUCUGUGCCAUCUGACCAAGACUCUGACAUAGAAACAUCUCAGAAUAUUGGAUGCGUCAAGAGAUUGGGCAAGAGCAUCAGGGCGUGUCUGUCAGGGCUCUGUUCCCCAGGGCUCUGAAGGAAAAGAACUCAGCAUACAUCCUCCAAGAAAGUGGCUCCCCUGAAAGAGGCAGGAGGCCAAACCAAAUGA